AGGAAAAGUCAAGGAAAACGUAGCUCGGUCGUACCCGAACGCGAAAGAAUUUACAAUCGUGUCGGACGUUUGACUAGCAGCACGUCUUCAUUGCACGAAGUGUUGGACGUGACUCUUCAACCAGCACAUCCGUGCGGCAACGUGGAGUGCGUAGAGCCGGAAAUCUGUCAGCUGGACGACUCGAGGCAACCUGGCUGCCGUUGCGGUGAACAGUGCGGCCUUGAGUUCGCACCAGUUUGCGGAAGCGACGGUAAAACAUACUCGAACGAAUGCAGCCUCAGGCAGGAAGCUUGUAGAUCGAGAUUAUCACUCAGGAAGGUCUACAAUGGCGCAUGCAGCUCGGGAAUCAAUCCGUGCGACGAGGCGAAGUGCGGCCCGUACGAGCAGUGCGUGAUCAACCGACAAGGGAUCGCGAGCUGCGAGUGCGGCCCGGAAUGCGAGCCGGUGAUGAGGCCGGUAUGCGCGCGAGGUGGCAAGACGUACACGUCGUUGUGCGAGCUGAAGAGACAGGCCUGUUUGACGAAGACCAACAUCGAGGUCGCCUACACGGGGACCUGUGGCUCCAGGGGGCCCUGCUCCGAGAAGAUCUGUCAGUGGGGCGCGAUUUGCGCGGAAACCGGUGGCACAGCGAUUUGCGAAUGUCCAACCUGUCCGGCGGAAUUUCAACCGGUUUGCGGCGACGAUGGCAUCAGCUACGGAAACGAGUGUAAGCUUCGCCUGGAGGGCUGUAAACAUCGACGAGAGAUCCGCGUGCUUUACCAGGGACUCUGCAUCAAAAGAACCUGAACAGGAGAAAGUUUGCGGCUCGAACGGCGUGACUUAUCCUAACGAAUGCUCUUUGAAGGCUGCCUCCUGUACUUCUCAAACUGAAAUCACCGUCAGUUACAUAGGUGACUGUGAGCUUUGCGCGAGGAUAGAGUGCGAUCAUGGGGCUCAUUGUAUGGCUGGCGUCUGCGUGUGUCCGGACGAGUGUCCUGAGAGCACUGGGGAACCAGUGUGCGGCAGCGAUACCAAGACGUACCCAUCGGAGUGCGAAUUGCAGAAGGCAGCUUGCGGAAGGGAUCCUAAAUUGCCGGUCUUGCACGUGAUAUUCUACGGCGAUUGCGGUGAACGAUACGCUGUUGCAGCACUCAGUAUGGAAGUGAAACCGUGCAACGGUGAUCCGCCAUUGGUGGACGCCGAUGGAAAGGAAUACGACUGCGGCAACGGGCCAGAACGACGAGACUGCCCGAGCAACAGCUAUUGCCAUCAGACGACGCGAUUGGCUCGAUGCUGCAGGAAAGCGCAAGGGACGCAAGUCGUGAAGUGUUCGGACUCGUGGCACGGUUGCUGCCCGGAUGGCAAAACGGCGGCACGCGGACCGAACGGAGCAGGUUGCCCGAGUUUGUGCAACUGCAACAGGUUAGGCAGUGUUUCUGACACCUGCAACCCGGAGACCGGACAAUGCGAGUGCAAACCUGGCGUGGGUGGUCUGAAAUGCGACAGAUGCAUGCCUGGCUACUGGGGCUUGCCGAAAAUCAGCGAGGGACAUCCAGGAUGCAUACCGUGCGGCUGUUCGCUCUUCGGCUCCGUCAGAGAGGACUGCGAACAGAUGACAGGUCGCUGUGUCUGCAAGAACAACAUCCGUGGCCAGAAAUGUGUCAUUUGCACCGAUCACAACCAGAUAUUGACACCGAGCGGGUGUUACUCAGCCGACACCAUACCGCCGAUACCGACGUCUUGCAACGAGCUGGAAUGCUAUUCCGGCGGCCAGUGUUCGGAGAUCGGUGGUCCGCACUGUGUUUGUCCGUCGUCCUGUCCAUCGGACAUACCGUCCGUACCGGUUUGCGGUAGCGACGGACAGACAUACGACAACGAGUGCGAGCUCAGGCUGUACGCUUGUCGUCAUCAGGCGGACGUGGUCACGCAGGCCUUCGGCCACUGCAGAGACGAUCCGAUGGUGAACACGGACUUCCCGGUUAAGAGGUACACGGCGGUGCAGUACACGCAGCCAGCGGCCGCCAUUUCCCCGUUAUCGAAAUCCACCAGGCAUCUGUUGGUGCCGGAACCGGAUCCACGCUACUAUUACACUCACAGGGCGCAUCAAGAAACCAUCACGAUCGACAGGGACAAUUUAAAGCACGGCGUGGCUGCAGCGUACAGACCAACCCCAGCGACGAUCCGCGUGGUUACAGCGUUGCUCGGCGACCUCUGCACCGACGACAAGGAUUGCACCAUCCCGAACAGCGAGUGUUCGAACGGCGGCUGCAUUUGCUCGGAAGGAUACGCGGAAACCAGCGACAGGCAGGAGUGUUUUGAAUUCCGUGCUUGCCUGUCGUAUCCGUGUCACCCGACGUCGACGUGCCUCGAUCUGCCGAGCGCGACGUUCGCUUGCAUCUGUCAUUCAAAUUACACCGGUCUAUUAUGCGACGAGGAGAUCAACAAAAGGGAUUACGAGGUGCCGUCGUUCGACGGCAAAAGCUACGUCAGGAUGAACAGAUUGAAGGCUUACCACAAGUUCAACGUCGAGGUUGAGUUCAAGACGUACGCUGACAACGGGAUUAUACUUUACAACCAACAGAAGAGCGAUGGCACCGGGGAUUUCGUCUCGUUAGCCAUCGUCGACGGACACGUGCAAUUUCGAUACAAUUUAGGAAACGGUGCUGUCAUCCUGUCCUCCCCUGAAAGAGUUACCAUGAAAACAUUCCAUCGAAUCGCGGCGAAGAGAUACCAUAAAGACGGCGUUCUGAUUUUCAACGACGGGGAGGAUAUCGCCGGUCAAAGUCAAGGGAUGUUGAAAUCGCUCGAUCUGAAUCAAGACACGUUCGUCGGAAAUAUGCCAACGAAUUACUCCAAGGUUUACGACAACAUCGGCACCAACCACGGUUUCCUGGGUUGCAUACGAAAACUGAAGAUCAAUCGGAACUUCGUCGACCUCCACGUUGGCCGCAACAAAGAGAUUUUGGAAACUUACCGCGUGAAGGAGUGCGGAGAGAACGCGUGCGCGAAUCUGCCAUGUCAAAACGGUGCAACGUGUCAGCCGAUCUUCGAGGAGGAUCGGUGCAACGGCCGCGAGUGCAGAAGAAUCCAGAAACGGGGCAAGGGCAAGAACAAGAACGGGAUGAACAUCGUGAGAUGCGAGGGAACUCAUUGCACUUCGAUCGAUCAACGCAGAUCGAAGAAGAACGCUAAGAAACGUUACGACGUCGAUUACGAGGCCAGUUUCGAGCAUGGAAACUACGCGGUGGAGCAAUUCGAACCACCUGAUUACAGAUGCAUCUGUCCACCGCAGUUCACCAGUAGAAACUGCGAGGAGUCCUUGGAUCCUUGUAUAGGCGAACCUUGUCAACACGGAGCCACUUGCGACAUCCUGCCGCAAGGUGGUUACGUGUGCAAAUGUCCACCAGGCAGAACCGGAGAACAUUGCGAGAACCUCGACGCUGAGUUAACGGAACUACUGAUACCGGAAAUGUCUGGCGACGGGUUUCUGGAACUGUCGUGCUUAGAGGGUGUAGCGAAAGCGUUCUCCAUCGAGUUAUGGUUCCUCACGCACGCCAGCGACGGUUUGCUACUUUACAAUGGCCAAUUGAACAACGGACGCGGUGAUUUCAUUAGUCUGAAUUUAGUCCAAGGCAAACUGGAGUUUAGAUUCAAUCUUGGAAGUGGUAUCGCCAAUAUUACUUCCCCGGACCCGGUUACUCUCGAUACGUGGCAUUGUGUCCGCAUCAGCAGGCUAGGUAGAGAAGGCGUUCUCCAAUUGGACGACGGAACGGUUGCCAGAGGACUAUCCGGAAGUCCAUUAACCGAGCUCAAUCUAGAAAUGCCUCUUUACGUUGGCGGUGUUAAACACUGGCGAGAGGUUCAUCGACUUGCCGGUGCUUGGACUGGAUUGGUAGGUGCGGUGCAGAGAUUAAUGGUAAAUGGGAAAACUUACCAAAAUCUAGCCGUCAACGUUACUCAACACAACACGGAAAUCUACGAUGGCUUACCGUGUCCUAGCAAUGAGAAUCCCUGUCACAAUGGCGGAGUUUGCCUACCUUUAUUAAACAGCUACCUGUGCAAAUGUGCCACCGGUUACAACGGUCUUCAUUGCGAAUUUUGCGGAAAGGUCAGCAGUCGAAUAAGUUCGAGCUGAGAUUGAGAACGACGCAUCCGGAUGGUUUGAUCGCCUGGGUCGGAAGAGGGAAGAUCGAACACCUCAUCUUGUCGUUACACGGCGGCCAAGUUUUUCUUACGUACAAAACUAAGAGCGAGCAGAUAUCUCUGAAUAGCAGGGAGCGAGUGGACGACGGCGUGUUCCAUUAUAUCAGAGCAUCAAGAAGACGGAGGACGUCAAUGAUACAGAUCGACGACUUCGCCCCGGUGAAAGUAUCGACAGAGGCCAGCCUGUUAACGACGAACGGCAAGCUGUUCGUCGGCGGGAAACCAGGCCAUCGGGGCAUCAAGGGCUGCGUGUCGGACUUCGUGGUGGACAAACGGCAUCUUCAGUUGAACAGGCGGAAGAUCGAGUACUGUCACGACAACGAUGUAUGAUAACGAAUCCCGGAAACGACGAUAGUCAACGUGACGUCGCCACUGGCCACGCUCGUCGACUGGACGACGCUUCUGUCCUCGACGAGUUAGCACCAGCCUAAAAACCGACGAAGACGAACGCGAAAGGAAGUCGUUCGGUGGUGUUCGUUUCUGGGGAAACGGGAGGGAACAGGGACACACACAAAGGGUG